GGCACACUGUACAACAGCUGUUUCUAACACGCAGUUGCCUGUGUUUUUCCGUUCUCUUCGAAUUUCACAACAAUUGUUCAAUAAAUUGAUUUAUUUACUUGACAAAUACAUUUUAAAUAUGUCCCUGGUGCGAAACUCCUCCCGGUUGCUGCGUUCGCAGUUGAAGCGCGUGCAGAGUGUCCCGGUGGCAUUGUAUCAUGAAAAUGUCGUUGAGCACUACGAAAACCCGCGCAACGUGGGAUCUCUGGACAAGAAGGAUACUACAGUGGGUACCGGUCUGGUCGGAGCUCCCGCCUGCGGCGAUGUUAUGAAACUGCAGAUCAAGGUGGACGAGAACGGCAAGAUUGUGGACGCCAAGUUCAAGACCUUUGGCUGCGGAUCGGCCAUUGCCAGCAGCUCGCUGGCCACCGAGUGGGUGAAGGGAAAGUCUAUCGACGAGGCCGGAAAGCUGAAGAACACGGACAUCGCCAAGGAACUGCGUCUGCCGCCCGUCAAGCUGCACUGCUCCAUGCUGGCCGAGGAUGCCAUCAAGGCGGCCCUGGCUGACUACAAGGUCAAGCAGCAGAAGAAGGUGGCCAACUGAGGGGCGGAACGGAAUCUGUGAAUGUAGUGGAGCGUAUCUCUGAACAACUACUAAAAAGCAACUAUAAGUCGUAGUAUGCGAUUAUUGUUCGCUAGAGCUCUGUGAGUGAUUGGCCGCGUGACUGCUGAUAAGUGCAUAGGAGUUUAGAAAACGAUUAUAUUGAUACUAAAGGAUAGCUGGAACUGAUCUUGUAUGAAUGCAUAUGCACGUGUGUAUUUUAAAGGGGAAUUCUAUGUAAUCCCGAGAGCUAAUUAAAUUUUCUGUUCUGUUAUACGAAAUACAAGCUUGCUUCGAAAACAAAUAAAACGUUCCCGUUGGAAUAAAAAAUA